AUUUCCUUCCCAACCUCAGCAGCUGGUCUACUAUGUCAUCUCGCAAAGUAUCGUUAUUAUGGGUGUCCGUCUCUCGCCUUGCUUGGUGCUUAUAGUCUUUCAAGGAUUCUGCGCGAGUGAAUGUGCCUUUAACAUAUUGCGAUACCCUCUGGGGGAGCUGGAAAAGAAAUAUGGCCGUGUCAGUGAAAUGGAAAGGCUGGCCCUCAAGAAGGACGUUAGAGAGAUGUUUUAUUUUGGGUAUGACAGUUACAUGAAAUACGCCUACCCCAAGGAUGAGCUGAAUCCUAUCUACUGCAGGGGGAGAGGACCUGAUUAUGAUAAUCCGUCCAAUAUUAACAUCAAUGACAUUUUAGGUGACUAUUCACUAACAUUAAUAGAUGCGCUCGACACACUUGCAAUUCUUGGUGAUACUAGUGGAUUUCGUAAGGCUGUCCAAUUAGUUAUUGAAAAUGUUACUUUUGACAAGAACACUACUGUGCAAGUUUUUGAAGCCAAUAUCAGGCUUUUAGGGGCCUUAUUAUCUGCUCAUCUCCUUAUUCUGGAUGAGACUCAGCCUUUUGGAAAUCUAGAACCAGACUGGUAUGAUGGAGAGCUAUUGGAGAUGGCUUCAGAUCUGGCUUCCAGGUUCUUGCCUGCCUUUGAUAACUCAAGAACAGGUCUUCCGCACCCAAGGGUGAAUUUACGGGAAGGUGUACCCAAAGGCAGCCGGACAGACACGUGCACAGCCGGUGCAGGAUCCCUGUUGGUUGAAUUUGGAAUACUAAGUCGUCUCAUCGGUGAUCCAGUCUAUGAGAUGUCUGCCAGGAGAGCAAAUAAGGUGCUGUGGAAGUUGAGGAAUGCACAGACUGGUUUAUUAGGUAAUGUGGUUGAUGUCAACACUGGCAAGUGGAUGGGGGAACUUAGUGGAGUUGGAGCUGGCCUCGACAGCUACUUUGAAUAUUUGCUCAAAAGUUACAUCUUGUUUGGAGAUCCUGAAGAUUACGUCAUGUUUAAUGAAACUUACACACUUGUUAAGCAGUACAUGAGGAGAGGUCGAGCAAACUGUAAUUCUGGCUUUGGAGAGCAUCCCUUAUAUGUUAAUGUUGACAUGAAAACGGGUCUUACACACUCGACUUGGAUUGAUUCCCUCCAGGCAGCUUUUGCUGGGAUACAGGUACUUGCUGGUGACAUGGAAGAGGCCAUAUGUACCCAUGCACUGUAUUAUACAAUUUGGAAAAAGUAUGGUGUUAUACCAGAAAGAUGGAACUGGCAACGACGUUCCCCAGAUGUAAUGUUUUAUCCCUUACGGCCUGAAUUUGUUGAGUCCACAUACCUCCUUUAUCAGGCAACGAGAAAUCCAUUUUACCUUCACGUUGGACGAGAUAUCUUAACAUCCCUCAACAACCUGACCCGAGCAGAAUGCGGCUAUGCAACCGUCCACUCCGUUUUAGAUAUGACACUAGAGGAUAGAAUGGAGUCUUUUUUCCUUUCAGAAACAUGCAAAUAUUUGUAUCUGCUUUUUGAUGUUGAUAAUCCAGUCAACCUUCGGUUCCACCAGUACAUAUUCACAACAGAAGGACACAUUCUUCCAUUAGCUCCGUGGCUGCGGAAGCAGAGCUGGGAUGCUGAUGUGUUUUCACCACCUAGUUCUUCAUUGCACAGCAAUGCAUCACGUGCUAAUUGUGCAGCCAUUGAUCAAGAGAGGAUAUAUGGCUUACCUUUGAAGAGUCACUAUUUGGAGCAGAUCUCAGGGUCUCUUGGAGUUGAGUUAUGAUGAAGUGUUUUAUAAUGGUUGUAAGGACUUUCCUUUUCUUUUUUUUCACCCCUUUGAAGGCUUUCUCUUUUAAGUUUCAAAAGCAAUAACUCUUUGUAGUCCACUUUAGCUAUGAAAGGUGGCUAUUUUAGUGGUUCUCAUCACAAGGAUAUCCUCAUCCUGAUUUUAGUAGUCAGAUGGUUUGUAAAAUAAGCUGGAUUUUUAUAGUUUCUCUCUGGAUUUCCUACCACAUUUUAUAUUAUAUUAUCCACACAUCUUUCCUUUGCCUGUGUCCUUGGUUUAGGUAAUUUCCAUUUUUAAACACACUAUUUGCUCAUUGUCACUUAAAUGUUCAGAAGCUGAUUGCCGAUUAUCUUGGAAGUUAUUUUUACAGAGUUGUUUUAUAUUCUAGUGAAGUCAUGGAAGAAUGCCAGUCUUGUGUGAUAUCUGUAGUUUUUAUUUUGUCAAAAAUGUUUCUAGCACCAUUCUUACCAAGAAACUGUUUCAGUGAAAGAUAAACAUAAAAGGUAUAUGAAGUAAAAAACGGAAGAGAAAACUUUAUCCAAACCAUAUUAUACAGUAAUUCACACAAGAAAUAUUGUGGUCAUAAUGGAAAUGGGGAGACACUUCAAUCAUUGUUGGAAAAUUCCAUAUGUUUUCCCUUCACUAGCCACAUGUAGUUUAAUGUUGAAUUUUUUGUGAUAUCCUUUAGUCAAAUUUUAUAUUUGAUCAUACAUAUGAUUGCUAUAGGAAACCUUAGACUAUGAUGUUAAAUUCACUGCAAUAGAUAUGUUCAUGUACUGUAAUUGAAGCCAUUAUUGAUUAUGAGUAUGUACAGAAAAUGUUGUACAUUUUAAAGAAAAAUACUCAUCUGUUAUGUAGAGUUUUAGUUCAUUUAACUAUACAUUUUCAACAUUGUGAAAGAAGUUUAUAUGAAUAUUCUGUGAUUCAUUAUGCAAGAAGUUUGUGAUUCUGUAAUUCAUAAAUGAAACUUAGCGUGCAAAAUGCUAGCCAGGCUCUGUGUUUGAAUAGAACCGAUGAUUUUAUCACUUAAUUUACACUUAUUGUCUUUGUUCAUAGGGCCAUAGUUUUUGUGUUAAACCUUGGCCUAAAAUAAGGUUUAGAAUAUGGGCUUAGCUCUUUCCUGGUACUUUCCAUAACUGAGAAAAAGUAAAGUGGAAUAUGUGCAGUACUGCAUUUUUUAAAAAUAAACCAAAAUCACAUCCUAAUACAGGCUUCUGUAUAGAAAUAUUCAAGUCUCCCCUCAUGCCAAUUCCACCCUGUAGCAUGUGACUAUUUGCAGCUCAUUGUUCUAAGUCGUAUUUCCAACCCAAUACAGUACCUCAAGUAGUGCAGUGUUCAAAAGGUUUUUUGCAGUAGCAUUUUUCUUCCAGCCUUUCACUGGUCAUCAGUUUCCUUCUAUCUAUUCCCUUUUCACUGUCCAGCUUCAUCAUCAUCAUCAUUGUUUUGCUCCAAUUUCACUUCUUUAAAGACGAAAUCUUCAGGACUGCCUUGCAAGAGUCAAAAUAUUACUUGGUAGUCUGGAUAAUUAUACCAUGUUCCAAUUCCUGUAGGUGUAGAGCUAAAGGUAAUUCCAAAGUAAAGUAGUAUUUUAAAAAAGCUAUAUGAGUAAGGCACAAAUUGGGGCAAGGUAGAUCAGCUUGUAAAGUUUGUAUUAUCAUCAUUAAGCUCCAUAAGGUUGAAUCAAGCUUGACAGUUUGGGCUAAACAUUGAAAAUUUUUCAAAGUACCCUAUGAAGUGUUGUUGGUGCAUCAUAUAAUUUAUAUAGAAAUAGAUUUCAUUUAUGCAAUUCAGUAGAGAUGUUAGUCUUUGUCUUUUAAACUGCUGUCGUUACAUAGUACUAUAUUUAUAUUCCUAACAUAAUGGGACCAUGUAGUAUAAAGUAGAAUUUUGUGGAAGAAAGUAGCCCUAAUAGGAAGUGUAUAUCUCUGUGAUAAAAUUCACAGUGAAAUCUUACCUGUCUGUGAUAAUCUUCUUCAAAUAAAAUCAUACUAAGGCAUAGUGGCAUCACUGUGAAAGUGAUCUCAGGCCUUUUCAUCACUUCCCAUUAUUUUGCUUUCAGUGACUUUGAGCACUUCUGAAGUGCAGAAUUGUUGGAAGCUGUCAAACAGUACUUUGAUAACAUCUGACAUCUUUUGUAAAGGUGUAAAUACUUUGCUGUAAAGAUUUAAUAAAAGAAUUUCUAUCUCCAUUUUGAACAUUGGGUCUUAUUAAUGUUACAAGUAAAUUUUGUAUUUAAUCUACUGUUUGUAAGUAAAACAUUUUUGUUCAUUUGUUUUGAGUGUUCUAAUUACUAGCUUAUUUUCUAUCUGACUGGAGAAAGUCUUUGGGAUUCUUCAAAACCCCUAUAUAUAGUAAAGUGCAAUAUCUAUGGUUCCAUACCUUAAAAACUAUGCAAUAGGUUUUUUUUAUAAAUAAAGCAUAAUUCUCUCUCUCUCUCUCUGGUGCUAUAGUUGUGUUACCUUCUUAUUUCACUCCAAAGACUUUGUCUUGCCAAUACAUUUCAUCUCACUAUUUUAGGAUGAGGUUGAUGUAAGUCAUACAGUUUAAUCAAAAUUUCUCUAUAUCUGCCUGAAGAUGAAUAAUAAGCAAGUUAAAAGGAUCUUCCUUCUUUAUUCAAAGAAGAGAUUGUGAAUUACAAAAGAAGCUCAUUUAAGUUAGAAUUUUCCAUUAGUGAUGUAUUCAUGAGAGUCUGUCGGUUCUGUUCCAUGAUGUUUUAAUCUUUGGAGAUAAUGUGUAGUAUUUGAAGUCUUAAUUAUUGCUUUAUUAUUACUUGCAGAUAAUUUUCAGUACACAGCAUUCCAGUAUUCUGUUUUACACUUUUCAAAGUAGAGAAGUCUUGUUCCACUAUGCAUUCGUGUGAAGGGGUCAUCAAUACACCUUUUUUUAUACUUGGUAACCAGCUUUUUUUAUACUUGGUAACCAGAAGUUUAUGGAAAAAAUUUAGUUGGCAGUCUGGAAGCAGCUAGCUAGACAGAUUUACCAAUUAACAAAACUUAUUGGUAUAACUUAUAAAUUUGCAGGUUUAUUAUAUGUUUUUAAACAGUAGGAGGGAAGCCUAUACUAUAUUAUUUUAAUUCUAAGAUUAAAUAUUUUAUAUACUAAAAAAGGAAACUAGAUAGUCUAAGCCAAGUACAGUAAUAAAUGAGGUGUCUUAACUCUUGUUAAAAUAUGUUUCCAUUUCAGUUAUCACACAAAACAUAUGUGGUUGUUCUUACUAGUCUUAAAAUUGUAAAAUACUUUGCUGAGGUUACUUACAAAUGGAAUUGGUUGUUCAUGUAGGAUGUGUUCAAAGUACUAUUUCUUUUACCUAUCACUUUUAGAUUGAUUUUUAGCUUUGGCACUUGAUAAUAAGAAGCUUUGUGGUCACCAAAUGUUCAUGAAUGGUUUCCUUGAAACUGUUGAUAGCUCUGCCUUGAUUACUAAGAACCCCAUUGUUACACAAAAAUGGAGAAAUUGUGGUUGAAAAGUAUAUUGCACAGUAAUUUAAUUUGAGAACUGUUAAAACUUUUCUUUGGUGAUUCAAUUAGCUUAUUGUGGAUUUUUUUCAUGUUAAGGUUUAGUACUAGAACAGCUUUUACUUUAGUUCUUCCAUUUAUAUGUACUAGACAUAAUGAUGAGGCAGCAUUCAAGCUUCUCUCUGACAAGGUCCUGUAAAUAUGAAUUCCAAGUAUUUUUAAAAGAAACUUGGGAAUAAAUAGAUGAGAAUGAUAUUGGGUUGCAGAGUGUUUGGCUGGUCCAACACUUUGUUGAUUUCUUGUUUUGGUGAUUGCCAACACUUCUAGCCCCAAGUGUUGACUUUUGUCAGUCCUUACACAGUUAAUAAAAACACAUAAAGAAUCUAUGUCAGUGCUUCCUUUAUUCUUCGGGUAAAUUGAGUCUACAUCUGUACAGUAUAAAGUACUUUAGUAUUUUCCUUAUUGUUGACUGUAAACUGAUAUGCAUUUUUAUAGUCUUUCUUCUAUUAAACAAUUGUCAGUC